UAUAUAUAUAUAUAUAAAGGCAAAAUCCACGAAGGAAAGUGAAACAGUGGAGUAACUACUGCUAGGCCUGUCGCGAAUGUUAUGGCGACUUUCACUAGAUUUGUGCCCGAUGUUAUGGGCUGAUAGUGAUAGCCCUACCAAUGGACAGGUUCCAGCCCUUAUACAAGGACAACUCGACAGGUGAAACACGACUGAUUUUAACAAACUUUAUUACAAAAUAAACUCAAUCAAAUUUAACAAGACAAAACGAUCACAGGAACUUAGUGGCUCUGCACACCACACUAAGAACAAUUCUGUGCCCACGCGACCACUCAAAAAACUCUUAAACAUUACAAAAUUUCAAUUCACAUUUAAUCAAGACAAAUACCAACGUAUUACUUGUAAAAUGCAGAACACAUUCGAUAAUAACUAAAUGCACUUAUCCCAACGAUGGCUACUAAAAAGAACGAUUACUUACUCUGUGCUUUUCUGGUCAUUAGCCAUCAGCCUCAUUGCUUGCCUCAUACCCGCACGCCACGAUCAACACCCUAACGUGUUGCUCUAUACUCAGUUAAUUCAUGAAGAGAGAGGCCGUCAGUGUUGAUCUUCCACCCUCCAAUCAUAAAACAUGCCAGACUGCAGCCAUCUAGCUUCAGUAUUUUUCAUUUUAUUUCAGGUUAAAGGCAGCCGUAAUCGUGCAUCUGUUAACGAUGUAGGACACGGCACACCCGCUGAAAGAUAGAUCUAUUUUCAGUGGUCUUGAUUAUACGCUGCGCAGAAAACCUGAUUGCGCCGGAGAAACUUUGGCACAUUUUUUACUCGUUGUAUUCACAGUAUUGUUAAAAUGAAUAGAAAUGAAACUCAAGUUUCCUCGGAACGCUGACUGAUGUUUGAAGCAUUAACGGUUCAUUUAAGACGCUCAGGCUGCAAUGGCCAACCGACCAAGUGAUUCAAGAGCCGAACCGCCGAGUAGGAGGAGAUCCAGGCAAUUAGCUGGUUUGACGUUAGAGAAUGAAGACACUUCGUCACCGAAGCCUUCCACACCUGAACUAAAUAGAGAGACUUGUGUAGCCUCGCGCGGUGAAGGGGAUCGAGCUUUGAAUACAGCAAAUGAUCCAAAUAUUCACGACGACAGGGACCCUUUGAGAGAAUUUUGCCAUGGGCUGACAACACAGAAUUCCAUCGUGGAUCAAGCUCCUGCAAGUGACCUCGGAGGUUCAGAAACAGUGACGCAGCGGGGGGACGGAGGGGGAAGAGAAGCAAGCUUGGAACUGAACUUGCAAAAUGAAAGAGAUAACAAUAUCGUAAGUAUUCUCGAUUAUUCCGCACCCGUUGGUUCCCACAUAGACAUAAUAAGCGCAGUACAACGCAAUGAAAGUAUUAUCACAAAGGACGUAAUACGCACAUUUGAGAAGUUCAAAACAUACUCGGGUAAAAUCUAUCUGUCCCUUACAAUCAGUAUCGAGAAAUUAACAGAUAACGACGUUGAAACGAGUAGAUUUUACGUCAACAGUCCACCGGCUCUUAUUGAGAAAGCUAGAAUUCACGAAUUAUUUGAUGUAGCUAUUGAUUACCUCACCAAUGUAUUAGAAGACCGUCUCUCAGGGUGUGAGGGCUCAGGAUGGCGGAUUUACGCCUUGGAAAAAUUAGCUGUAAUCUACUCCCGCUUUAAACUGGUUAAUAUACAGAAAUUCAUUAAGUUCCCUAAAGGAUUACGCGGCAGUCACCAAAUUGUGAAUAUAGAAUCGGGAUACAAUUGUUUAAUAACCUGUCUACAGGCUUAUAAAGACCUCGCCGAGAACCCUCGUAAACGUAAGGACAACCUCACUCGAACAGUAAAAACCAAGAUUGGUAAUGGGAAGAUUGAUAUAAAGUAUGAUCCUUCGGCUGAAGUAAAUUUAAAUACUCUUAAAGAAAUUGAGAGACUGAAUGAUUUCAACAUCUACAUAUAUAAAUUAAGUGGAGUCCGCACGGAAACAAGUGAUAAAAAUAAGCAGACGAUUCACCUCUUUAGGAGAGGAGGGAAUCCAACCAGUUCACACCGCGUCACUCUCCUUAUCAUUGGUGAUGACCACGUAGCCCUGAUUAAAAAUUUGAUCCGCUUCGUGUAUUCAUUUUGCAAUGGGUCAAUACCCAGGAAAAAAAAGAUUUGCGGCAUUUGCUAUAAGUGCCUGACAUUCUUCACUUCUCCUGAUAUUGAGCAAUGUCACACACAAAUGUGCUGUGCAAGAACUACAGUGAAAUACCCAGACCCUGGUCAAUUCAAAUCCUUUAAGAAAGUGCAAGCUCUCCAAAAGAUAUCUCACGUCGCUUUCCUCGAUCUUGAAGCCUAUAAUGUUAACCCAGGCGCGGAUGAAGAUCCUAGAAUUGUCACAAAGCAGAAGGCAUACGCUUUUUGCUACGUGAUUGUAGAUGCCAGAAGUGGGAGGUAUCGUAAACAUAGGUUAGGCCAUGGAGAUGAUUGCAUCAAUGCAAUGCUGGAUCAUUUAAAGAAGGACUGGGCUGAGAUACAAAAGGCGAUCCCUAAGUACGAGAUAAAGAUGACCACGCAGUCAACACAAGAACAUGAGAAGGCUUCCCACUGUCAAACGUGUCACGAAAAAUUCAGUGGAGAGGUCAAGAAAGUUAGGCACCAUGCGCACCAUAUCCCUGAAGAUAAUUAUGCAGGUGCACUAUGUAGUAAGUGUAAUAUUAAAAUAGUUGACAAACCAAAGACUUUGAGGGUUUUCGUCCAUAACCUCUCCUACGAUAUCUGUCUCAUUUUGAAAGAGUCCUGUCCGAAAAUAUAUUUCAAUGUACUGAAGAGGGAUGGCGGCAAAUACUACUCCGCACAAACAGGAUGCAUUAAAUUCGUUGACAGCGGAAAUAUGAUUAGAGGGAGUUUAGCAAGUCUCUCCUCAACCCACAUUUCUCAAGAUGGUUCCCUUAAAAUUACGCGUGCGUUAUUAUCCAGUUAUCCGGACGAAGGUAAAAAACUUGUAUUGAAUACAGGAAAACAAUUCUACCCUUAUGAUUAUGUGACUGGUUACGAAAUUUUAAACGAACCAGGAAUUCCUCCAAUCGCAAGUUUCAAUUCUAAGCUUUCGGGUGAAAAGAUGACAGCUGAAGGUUACGAGCAUGUGAAGAAGGUGUGGGAAGCAUUCAAAUGUAAAACUUUAUUAGAUUACAGUCUCCUCUACUUACUCAUGGAUGUAGGUUUACUCGCAGAUGUUUACAUGUCAUGGAGAAAUGCUGCAUUUGAUCAGUUCAAAUUAGAUCCCGCACAUUAUCUAACUUCCACUUCCCUCUCCUUGGAUGCUUUUUUACACUCUUCUGAGGUAUGCCUCCCACUCAUCAGCAACGGAGAGCUAUAUCAAUUGAUUACAUCCAAUAUCAGGGGAGGGUUCUGUAGUUUGGUGCGUAGACACGCCAUCGCCUCAAACCCGCACGUUAAUCCACAAUUCAAAGAACACGACAAACAAACUUAUAUACUUUACGUAGAUUUCACGUCCCUGUAUCCGACAGUCAUGAGUGAGUACAAAAUGCCCUUAGAUGUAAUAACAGAGCUCGAACCUGCUGAAUUAAGGGAGUUUAUUGGAAGGGAUAUUACCACGAUCGAUUCACAGGGGGAAUAUGGAUAUUUUAUUCUAUGCGACACUAAAAAACUGCGGGACGAUGUAGCAAUAGAUACAGAUGACUUCCCACUUGCAUUACAUCACAUGAAUAUAGGAAAGGAACAUGUCUCCCAAUACACAAGUGAUUUGUUAAGCAAAUUCAAAGUUAAACUAACGAAAAAUAAUGUUAAACUCGUAGGCACACAUCUACCAAUGAAGAAUCACCUCAUCUGCCUCCCGCUAUUACAAACUCUCGUCAAGCUAGGCCUGGAAAUAGAGAGUAUAAAGAAAGUUUAUAAAUUUAGGCAGGACUUCUAUCUUAGAGAUUACAUAAUGGAGAAUGCCGCACAAAGAGCUAAGGAAACUGACCCGGAUAAGAAGAAUACAAUUAAAAUCCUCAUGAAUGGUCUUUUUGGUGUUACAAUAAAGAAUUCUCUAAAUUACGCUACUAAAACCGUUGUAGUAUCGAAUAAAGACAGCUUGCUCAGAAACGUAUCCAAACAUACUUAUAAAUCACUCGAUAUGAUCGAUGAGAAACGAUUCAUUAUUAAUCAUAACCGCGAGACUGUACUGGCAGAUUCACCCAUCUAUAUCGGUUUUAGUGUAUUAGAUCUCGCAAAGGAUAAGAUGUACAAGUUUUAUUACAACGUACUGCGAGCUCAUUACGGGGACAGGGUACAGCUACUCUAUAUGGAUACUGACAGCUUCUUUUUCUCUCUAGAAACUGAUGACCUCACACGCGAGUUGAAGGGGCCGUUACACCAGCAUUUAGAUCUCAGUAAUUUCCCUAAAACUCAUCCACUAUACGACUCGACCCGGAAAGGAAAACUUGGUUUAGUAAAAAUCGAAACAGGGGCGGAGUAUAUCAGGGAAUUCGUCGGAAUAAAACCAAAAGUGUACUCGUACCUGACAGAAACUAGCCGAUGUAAUACCUUGAAAGGAGUAAAAAAAGCAACGCAGAAAACAAUAUCUCAUGAACAGUAUAAAGAAAUUAUCGAUAAAAACGAGAUUUUCCCUAUGAACCAGCACAGUUUACUGUCUGUUAAAGGGACGAUGUGUUUAACAAAACAAAAAACAGCUCUGUGUCCAUUAGAGGACAAGAGGUACUAUAUUGAUGCAUAUAAUUCCUAUGCGUACGGUCACCCUGAAGUAGAAAGAGAUAUGGCAAGGAGGGGACGAGGUAAGGUUAUAACCUCCAUUAAUGGAAAAGAAGGCGAGGUGGAGGAGGAGAAGGAGGAGGAGAGGAAGAGGAAGAGGAAGAGGAGGAGGAGGAAGUGGUAGGUAAUUCAGCUGAUGGUGACUCAAAAGUUUCGGGUCCUACUAUUCGGCUAGGAGCUAAUCCUGACAAAAUAAUGCAGAGAUUGAAGAAGAGUAGAGGUCCUUCUUCUUCCUCUCCUCCUUCUUCUACCCUUUCAUUCCCCAAACCAGGUCCAUCAGACCGCUCCAUCCCUUGGGCCCCUCCCCGCUCACAGUUAUCCACGACAAAAGGCAGUUCUAGAAAGCGUAAGGCAAACAGCAAAAUGGGUCCCAAUAGGAAAAAACGUAGCAGGGUUAACAUGACCAAAGCAGAUGUAGAUGAUACUGACAGUGAUGAUACUAAUAAAAUUGAUAGUGAUUAUGAAGACCUCAUGACUGAGAGUUUCAUUGAUAUGUAAUACUUCAUAUACAUAAAUAAGAUGAAGUAUCCCAUUACUCUUCAUUAUAGUAUUUGUAAAUUAUUGUACGUAUCUGUAAAUGGUUACUGUUAGAUACUAAACAUCUCCUAUGAAGAAAGAGAUGCAUAUACGUGAAUAUGGUAAUGUACCUGAAUUUAUUCUUUUGUAAUGAUUAUUCUAUGUAUAGAAAAACUUAUUCUUUGUUAAUGAUUAUUCUAUGUAAAUAAAAGUAUU